AUGGAGAAGCUGUUAUGGUGUGUCGUGGUGUUGAUCGGCUUCUCUAAUGCUUUUGGCCAGAAAGACAUGUCUAGGAAGGCCUUUGUGUUUCCCAAAGUGUCGGAUGAUUCCUAUGUAUCCCUGAAAGCCCAGUUAAAGGAGCCACUGAAAGCCUUCACCGUGUGCUUCCACAUCUACACGGAACUGGCCAUGACCCGAGGAUACGGUAUUUUCUCUUUCGCUACCAAGAAACAAUUUAAUGAUAUCCUCAUAUUUUGGUCGUUCAAUAGAGGAUAUCUUCUUUCAGUGGGUGGGUCUGAAAUAUUCUUCAAGGCUCCCGAAGUUACUAUGGCUCCAGUACACAUCUGUACCAGCUGGGAGUCCAUCACAGGGAUCGCAGAGCUCUGGGUAGACGGGAAGCCCAUGGUGAGGAAGAGCCUGAAUAAGGGCUACUCUGUGGGGACAGAGGCAAGCAUCGUCCUGGGACAGGAUCAAGAUUCAUUUGGUGGAGGCUUUGAGGCAAGCCAGUCUUUGGUGGGAGACCUUGGAGAUGUGAACAUGUGGGACUUCGUGUUGACUCCAGAUCAGAUCAACAUGGUGUAUGUUGGUGGGACCUUCAGUCCUAAUGUCCUGGACUGGAAAGCACUGACAUAUGAAGCUCAUGGUGAGGUGUUCGUCAAGCCCCAGCUGUGGCCGUGA